ACAAGAACCCUAAUGGCGCCCAAUUUCUCAUCACCCCUUUGGUAAAAACGCAAACAAAUUCAGGGGGACGAACGGAAAUUAUUCGAGAGGCAAACCAAUUCUCAAAUUUUCAUUUCAUUCCCGCUGCCAAUAAUCACUCUCUCCCUCUCUCUCUCUCUCUCGCUCUACCCUCACUCUAUUGGGAUAUGAAGUGAACUGUGAAGAAGAAGAACAUUGUGAUCUUGUUAUCCCUUUAUAUUAUAAUAUAGCCAUGUUGGUUUAUUAUAAAUGAGAUCAUCCGAGUAGUUUUACAUUCUUAAAUCAUAUUAGUCAGAAUGGAGUGUAACAAAGAUGAGGCUCACAGGGCCAAGAAAAUUGCAGAAGCAAAGAUGGUGAAAAAUGAUUUUGAAGGGGCUCGAAAGUUUGCAUUGAAGGCCAAACAAUUAUAUCCUGAACUAGAUAAUAUUUCCCAACUGGUUACAGUGUGUGAUGUUCAUUGUGCAGCUCAAAAGAAGAUAUAUGGUGCUGAAAAAGAUUUAUAUGGAAUUCUUCAAGUUGAAAAUGUAGCUGAUGACACAACCAUCCGCAAACAAUACCGAAAACUUGCACUUGUACUUCAUCCUGACAAAAACAAAUUUCCGGGAGCCGAAUCUGCUUUUAAACUUAUUGGUGAAGCAAAUAUGACACUAUCAGAUAGAGGAAAAAGGUCAAUUUAUGACAUGAAGUGUAGAGAACCCGCCAAAGCUUCUGCUACAAAGAUUCAUAAUCAUCAAGGAUAUCAAACUUCAUAUGCGGGUCAACAGAACAAAUUCAAAAGGGCUCCAAGUUCUCAGUUUAAUGGUGUGAGUCAUGGUCAACAGUCAACAUCUAACCCAAGCAUUCACUUAACAUUCUGGACGUAUUGUCCGUUUUGUAGCGUUAAGUACGAGUAUUACAGAGAAUUUAUUCAGAGACCUUUGCGGUGCCAGCAAUGCUCAAAACUCUUUAUUGCGUAUGAAAUAGGGCCACAAGAACGUAACAUAAAUCUUGGAUCCAAGGCGCAGAGUGUAAAUCCUGGAUCCAAGCCUGUUUCUCAACAGAAAGAGACUGCAAAAGUUGAAAAUGCCAAAGGAAAUAUUAAAAAGGAUGGAAAGGUUCCUUCUAAUUUGGAACGCAAGAAAACUGAAGGCACUAGAAUGAAUCAGAAAGGAGUGACGAAACCAAAGGUUAGUGGUGUACGGAAGCCAAUGGAAACAGGAACUGCUAAAGCUACUGACAAAAAGAGGCGCAAAAGGAUGGCGGCAGAAUCUAGGGAAGCAAGUUCUGAUAAAAAGGAGGCGGCAGGUGGCGGAGUUAGUGGUGGUAGUCCCAAUGGGAAAAGAUCUUCUCGACAUAGACAGCAAGCUUCUUACCAGGAAGGUGGCGCUGGUGAGUUUAGUCCUUCAAAAAAAUCAAAACUGAGUAAAUCGUCUGGUGAUGUGGCACAUGCUGAUGUCAGCACGCCAAAUGGCAAGCUGAAACAGAACGGAAAGGAAGUGGUGACACCUGACAGUCAUUCUAAAAAUGAUCCAGAGCCGGAGUUAGUAGACUGUCCAGAACAAGACUUUACUAAUUUUGAUAAGGAUAAGGAGGAGCAUUGUUUUGCAGUUGGUCAAAUAUGGGCAUGCUAUGACUCUGUUGAUGCCAUGCCAAGAUUCUAUGCUCAAAUUAAGAAAGUUUAUUCUUCAAAGUUUCGGCUGCGAAUCGCUUGGUUUGAAUCUGACCCAGAUAAUGUUCUUGAAAUCAAAUGGGUCGAAGAAGGAUUACCUGUUGCUUGUGGGAAGUAUGAGCUCGGGGAAACCGAGGAAACGAGUAAUCGCCUUAUGUUUUCUCAUCAGAUGGUAAUUAAGAAAGUGAGUAAAUCUUCAUAUUUUAUUAGUCCCCAGAAAGGGGAAAUCUGGGCUGUUUAUAAAGAUUGGGAUAUGAAAUGGAGUAUGGACCCAGAAAAUCAUACGAAAUACAAAUUCGAUAUUGGGGAGAUUGUAGAAGCCGGUGAGGAUUGUAUAACUGUUGGUUUCUUGUCGAAAGUGAAGGGAUUUGUUAGCGUGUUUCAGAGAUCAAUGUGGGCAGGAGCUGGUGAUCAAAAGAUUCCAUGUAACGAGCGGUUUAGGUUUUCUCAUCGUAUCCCGUCAGCAAAACUUACCGGAACUGAAAGAGCUGGUGUACCCGCUGGAUCUUUUGAGCUGGAUAUGGCUUCUCUGCCUGCUGAUUUUGAAGAGUAUUGUUCGUAUUCUUCUAACAAUGUUAAUACUGCUUCUAAAUCUCAUGAAGAAACGGUCAAACCCGUUCCUAAUUUAGUACGUACUCCAAAGAAGCGCAUUGAUAUGGAUAGCCCGCUUAAACUUCGUCGAUCGCCCAGAGGUUUGGGAAACCAGAAAAUCUAAUUCUUGAGCCAAGGUCUGGACCACAUUUUAUUUUGGUAAGAUUAUGUGUGAACGUUAAAUCUUGUUUUAAAUAGAUGAUAUAUUAGAAACUUUAUCAGCUGAAUUUUGGGGAAAAAAUAUUUUAUAAGAUUCUUGAAUCUUGAGUCUGGUAAGCUUUCUGGGCAUUUAAACUAAA